AGUGGCAUGAUUGGCAAAUGUUAUAAAAAAUGUGGGCUUUGACAGCUCUCUCUCGAUUCAAAGAGUCUCGCAUCAUUUCAUCCUUGACAAAAUGAUAAAGACUACAAAUGCUCUACAUCCAUUAGUGUUUUGGGCACAGACAAGGGAACAAAUAACAUUAAAAGUAGAUUUGAAAGAUGCAAACGCAGCAUUGUUUAACGCCACGGAAAAGUAUCUUAAAUUUUCUUCUAAAGGAUAUGGAGCAUGCGGAUUCAAUGAGUACAAAUUCGAUUUACAUUUUUAUGAUUCUAUUUAUAAAGAGCAAUGUAGCUAUCGUAUUACGGACAACAAAGUGGAAUUCGUCAUUAAAAAAUAUGAAUAUAAAUGGUGGCCUCGGUUAAUUGCCGCACCUCAAAAACCACAUUGGUUGAGAAUAGAUUUUGAUCGUUGGCGAACCGAAGACGAAAUGAUUGACGAUGAAAAGCCCCGCAAUAUUAUGGAGGACUAUUCUAAAGAGUUUGUCAGAGUACAGAAAGAAGAAUUGGGGUACUUAAAAGAAAGCGCCAAAAAAGUGUAUUUAAUAUUUUAUAAUUUGUUCCAAUUUAUUGGAUAUCUUUACAUAUUAAUCGUGAUGGGCGUUCUAUAUUACCGCGAUGGUAUAAUGUCGAUGCCUAAAACAUAUGAGUCUGUAGGAAAGGCAAUGAAAUUUUGUCAGCUGUUGCAAUAUCUUGAGGUGCUUCAUCCCAUUUUUGGAUACACAAAAGGUGGUGCUUUGAUGCCAUUUUUUCAAGUUAUGGGACGAAAUUUUAUACUCUUUGUCAUGGUGGAGCUAGAGGAGCGUAUGCAAACGAAACCCGUAAUUUUUUAUGUGUUUACGAUAUGGUCCUGUAUCGAAAUAAUUCGAUAUCCAUACUACUUAACUCAACUUUUCAAAUGCGAAAUUUUUCUUCUCACAUGGCUGCGUUAUAGUAUUUGGAUACCAUUGUACCCUAUGGGAAUAUUAUGCGAAGACUUUUCAAACUUUGAUAUCGAAGUGAGGCAAAAAUAGGUUUAGGUCUGGCAAAGGGAUGGUGUAUAAAGUAGAACUAAAAAUCGGUCCGUCAAAAACGACCAUGGUCACUUUCACCAGAAGAAGAUUCCUGCCGGCAUUAAGGACCAUAAAUCUAGGUGGCAGAGAAAUAACCAUGACAAAUGAGGUCAAUAUAGUCUUUACACUGGAUUUCCCCUUUGGUGGAAUAAGCACCUGGAAUUAAUUAAAUUUAAAGUCCCGAAAGCACUAAUGACAGGAGUCAUUAGGUGGUUGUAAGAUCAGUCACUUUGGGUGGAGAGUCUAACUGACUUCUGUGGGGCUACAACUUUCGAAAUUGCAAAGUCUUGCUUGCUUGCAUUGCGUACGUGCCAGACGGCAGCGCUGAAGGUCAUCAUGGUUCUCACACCUCUUCAAAUUAGGAUUAAACAAACCACAAAACACUCUUUAAAAUGGUAUGGCAGAGGUAUAGUCCCAAAAAAUGAAGGCCAAGGGCGAACAAAUUCCACAUGUACAAUUUACAUAAAGACAUUUAUGUACAAAGUCGGUGAGCAAUGACCAAUAUUCCUUACUUAGCGAUAGUCAAACGGCAUUCAAAGCGAUCUCGUCUUAUGAGAUUAAAUCACUACUGGUUUAGAACGGUUUAACCGCCUAUCAGUUUGUAAAUAGGUCUACCUUAUCUGGGUGCGGAAAAAGGCGUUGCUAAUAUAUAAGAAAUUUACUUGAAGACAUUGUAUUCUUGGUGUCUAAAUUCAAAUUUAAAUCAUGUUUCGACAUUUUAUUAUUAUUGUUUUAGUCAGAAGCAAGAGAUCGAAGUAAAUAGCUCCUCCAGAUCUAAAUCCUAUUAAUGGUAAUUGGUCAUUAACAGGGUGCUGUCCUAUGUGAGUGUGUAUAAGAGAGGGAAUGGCACAUUAAACCACAGUUCGCAGUGUAUUUUGAUAUUUUCAUCCUAACUUACUUAUUAUAUGUAUUAUGUAUCUAUAUAAUUUGGUUCAUUAGUGUAUUCUAUUUACCUUCAUUGUCUUGUGUGGUACGAGUCUAAAUAAACAUUAGUGCAUUUUAUUUACCUUUAUUGUCUUGUGUGGUACGAAUCUAAAUAAACAAGUAAUAACAAGUAAGGAAGGGCUAAGUUCGGAUGUAACCGAACAUUUUAUACUCUCGCAAAGUUAAAUGGUAUAUUCGUUUGAGACUUCUUU